AUGAUGAAAGAAACGGAGCACUUUGAGAUCCCAGCAGCAGAUGGUGGGUCCAAAUUUGAUCUUCAGCCAGGAGUCGGGCACAGGGUGGAUCACGCAAAGGUGCUGCACUACAUUGGGGCAGGAGUGGCUUUUCCCACCAGCAUGCUGUUCCUGCUCCUGCAGUCCGUCCUCACCUACCACAUGGCCAAAACUCGUGGGCAGUACUGGACCGGCCACUUACGCAGCAUCCUCACCAUUGUGGCCUUCCUCACCCUCGUCUUUAGCGGUGUGUUCUUCAUCCAGGAGAGCUUCGUGCUGCAGCACGUGGCCGCCCUGUGCGAGUGGAUUUUCAUCAUUGAUGUCCUGGUCUUCUAUGGCACCUUCACCUUUGAGUUUGGGGCCAUCUCCACAGACACC